AAUGGAAACUGUGUAAACAACAUAAAUGAUGUACCAGGCUUGGAUGAUGUAAUGGUCCACCCAUUUUUCUGCAAUAGGUUACACCAAUAAAGGUAGAAAAUGAGUGAUGCCAGCUACAAAGCAGUGUUACAUGGCUGCCUUGACAACCUACCAACACUCAACUCUAGAUUAGUAAGGAUUUUUAUCAGCUCAACUUUCACAGAUACAAGAGAGGAGAGGAAUGUUUUGCUAGAGGAUGUAUACCCAAAGUUGAAAUUACACUGUAAGAAAGAGUAUGGAAUGGACUUUCAGUUGGUGGAUAUGAGAUGGGGAGUUCCGGUAGAGUCAGCAGAUGACCACCAAGCUACGGAACUCUGCCUGCAGGAAAUACGUAACUGUCAAAGAUUGUCAACAGGACCAAAUUUUGUGACAUUCCUAAACCAGAAGCAUGGAUACAGACCACUGCAAGUUACUAUUCCAGAGGCUGAGUUUGACAAUUUGUACAAAAGCUUAGAGGAGAAUGGUCAUGACACAAGUCUUUUUACAUUAUGGUAUAAGAAAGAUACAAAUCAGCUACCUCCGAUAUAUGUCCUACAGCCUAUCAGUUCCAUCAUACCUGGUUAUAAAGACAAGGAUAAUAAAGAAGCAAAGGCACAAUGGAAUGAUGUUUAUGACAAGCUUAGAGCUGAGUUCAAGUUUGCAAGCGAUGCAUGUUUCCAGAAGAAUCUGAUAUCAGAGGUGGAUAGACACAAAUACUACAUGUCAGUUACAGAAGCAGAAAUCUUUAAUGGGAUAUUGAAAUUACCAGACAGUGCAGCAGAUCACUGUUUGUGUUUUGUACGUAUCAUUAAAGACAUUACCUCUCAUCUGGAUCACGACAAAGCUUGGCGCUUCAUCGAUGUACUGUCGAGUGACUCCAAAUCCCUCGACACUGAGGCUCAGACCAUACUGUCUAAAUUGAGGGAUGAAAAGAUCGUAGAGAAGUUACAAAAUACAAAUAUUAGCAGGCACACUGUACAGUGGAGUGAGAAGGACGGAAUAAAUCGUCAAGACCAUGACAGUUAUCUCAGCACAUUUAAAGAUUCAUUCUUUAACAGCAUGGUAGAUAAAAUAGACAAAGCAGUAAAGCAACAACGUUCACUAAUAAUGGAUGAACUGUAUAUUGAGGUUCUGCAGCAUUUAAAUAUGGCCAGGGAAAGGUGUUCAAUGUUUUAUGGUAGAGAGAAUAUUCUCUUGGAUAUAAAGUGCUACCUGAGUGAACAGUGUGAAGAUCCAGUCAUUUUAUAUGGCCAGUCUGGUUGUGGUAAAACCUCCAUUAUGGCACAAACUGCUCAUAUGGUUCCUUCAUUUCUACAAAAUGCAGUGGUUGUGUUAAGAUUUCUUGGCACCUCGCCAGAUAGCAGUAAUUUGAGACGAUUACUACACAGUCUGUGCGAACAAAUUGUCGUCUGCUAUGGAAAGGAGAGGACUUCGGUUCCAGAAGACUUUGAAGAGCUGAAAGACUUUUUCUCAGAAUUGCUCAAACUAGGGACAAAAGAAAAACCUCUUGUUAUAAUUCUGGAUUCAUUAGAUCAGCUAGCAAGGGACCAUAAUGCUUACAAACUACAUUGGUUGCCACGGAAACUACCUCCAUUUGUAAAGUUUUUCGUUUCUACAUACACAGAAGCUUCAGACUUGUUAGGAACAUUGAAGAACAUUUAUUUGAAACAAUCAUUUAUUCAUGUUCCGGUUUUCUCGCAGGAGCUCAGCACUCAGGUUUUGAAAGCAUGGCUCAAGAAAAGUAACAGAACUCUGUCUGACGAGCAAUUUUCAUUGGUUGAAAAUGUAUUUAUUAAGUGUACACUACCUCUGUUUGUGAAACUCACUUUUGAUCAGGUUUUAGUAUGGCGUUCUUAUUAUAUCUUAGAUAAAUGUAUGCUGAUGAACACCGUGCAGGAUAGCAUUAAUACAUUGUUUUCACAGUUAGAGAAAAAGCAUGGUAAUGUUUUAGUGACAAGAGCUUUAGCAUAUGUCACUGCGUCUAUGACGGGAAUCAGUGAGACGGAGUUGGAAGACCUUCUCUCAUUGGAUGAUGAUGUCCUGACAAAUGUCUUUCAGAUACACGUCCCUCCAUUACGCAGAAUUCCGCCAUUACUUUGGGUUCGUAUACGUCAUGAUAUUUCCCAGUAUCUUGUGGACAAAGAAGUUGAUGAAGUCCGUUCUUUCUUCUGGUACCAUCGGCAGUUCUUCGAAACGGCUGAGAGACGAUAUUUGUCAGAUGAGAAAUUAAAGGAGGAAAUUCAUUCACUUAUGGCAGACUACUACCUUGGUAAGUGGGUUGGGGUAGAGAAACCAUUUCGGUAUACUCCAGAGCAAAUGAAGCGAGUUGGUGUAACAUCUCCUGAAGGUAAAGCUGAUCGUAGGAUAUCUGCUCAGCCGAUGAUAUAUAGUGCUGAUUCCGAUGGAAAGAAUGUUCGGUACAACAAAAGAAAGUUAAAUAAGCUUCCAUACCAUCUGUUUGAAGCAAAUCGACACCAAGAGUUGAGGUCCCUUUGUUUGCUUAAUUUCGAAUGGAAUGAGAUAAAGCUUAAGGCAAUUUCCUUGCAGGAAGUAUUGCUAGAUUUAGCGCUGUGUGGUGAAAAGGAGGGUAUUCUUCAUAAGGCUUUGAAAGCAUCCCAGCAGACAUUGAGAAAGUUUCCAGAAACUCUUGCAAUGGAAAUUUCUGGAAGACUUCUGGCCCUGCUACCUGGCAAUGUUAGAGUUGAUGAAAUGAAGUUAUUGGAGAAUUCCUUAACGGCAUGUGCACAAAAAUGUAGACUUGUUCCUUAUCAGCCUUGCUUUGGUAUUCCAAGUGAAUCUGAAAUGUACACCAUAGAAAAUGCAAAAUUACCGAUAAAUCCCAAAAUAUCAGAGAUAUCAAGUGAUUCUACACAUUUUGCAACUUUAUCUGCCGAUAAUGAAGUUCUGAUUUGGGAUGUGAACAACGGAGAACUGGAUGCAGUUAUUGAGUUAAGGAAGAAAGAGGACGGGAUCUUAAAUGUAAUGUCAAAAUCCUUUGGCAAAGAUGUUUUGAUUAUUGGAACAAUAAACCAAAUAAAAACAAACCCAGUUUAUAUUGUGAACUUCAAGAAUUGUGCUCUAGAGGAAAAAAUAGAGCUAGAAAAGAAGUAUUCAAAAAUUGCAUUUUUUGAUGAUCUCAAAUUUGAUAUCACAUCCGACCGUCUGCUUGUCACUGUUUUAAAACAAUCUGCUGAUGUUUUUGAUCGACAGUCAGGCAAGCUUCUACAUGAGUUUGAUGUAAAUCCAGAUGAAGCGAUCCUAAUUGCUGAGGAUAAAAUGAUACUUUUCCACCCAAAGCAGACGAACAUGUACACAAUCUAUAGAAUGGACACAUUUGAAUUUGUUUACCAAAUUUCAUGCAAGGAGACACCAAAAGCAAUUUUUAUGAAUGCACAACGAGACUUUGGUUGCAUUGUAUUGGAAAAAGCAAAUAAGGUUGAUCUGGUAAAUCUACAACAGGGUCCCAAUGUUGGGCAAAUUGCUGGGACAAUAGACUUAAAUAAAGUCAAAGAUUUGACAAUCCAGCGGGUCCAACUGGUUGAUGAUCUUUGUUUAAUCACUGGAAUUUACAGUUUUGUUUUAUAUGAUUUGAAAUCAAAAAAGGUUACAAAAGAGGUAAGAAUACCGGAAUCUUACGACCCUAAUUAUCGUGUUCUUGAGUUUCACACAGUGCUCACACCAGAUUUAGAACAUAUCAUCGCAGGAUAUGACAAAAACAUUAUUCUAUUUAGUGUUGCGACAGGCAAGAUUCUACACUCAAUUGAAGCCACAAAAAGCCGUAUUUCUCGUUUACACAUUUCCCCCGCAGGAGGACUCAUUGUAACCACCAAUACACGCAACAAUCAUGUGACUGCUUGGGAUAUCAUGUCACUGAAGAAUAAACCAAGAAGUUACCAACCGUUGUCACUAAACAACUCAGUCAGGUACAUGUGUGCCGAUAGAUUAGGUACGACUGCUGUAUGUCGUAGUAUGAACUCUACCGAGUUUGCUGUGGUAGAUGUGUCACUGGGUCAAACGCGUUGUUUUAUCUCAAAAGAUUAUGAAGCCAUGACACCAUGUAUCACAGAGGAUGGGAAAUAUGCAGUUCUGAGAGAGUAUCAUUCCGACAGAUGUCUCAAAGUCUGGGAUACUGUGUCCGGCAAUCUUGUCACCACUUUUCCAAUUUCAAGUUUGAAUUUGAAAGCCUUUGUUCUGGGCAUGAAGUCUGAAAACAUGGUUGUAGUGACAGAGUCAGAAAACACAGGUCAAAAUUCUAUGGAACUCUAUUCACUUCCUUCAGGAAAUCAGACAGGAGUGAAAAUCCCGCUCGGCAAGUAUAACCUAAUGCAACUUGUCUUUGCUGAAAAUGACAAGUACAUCAUUGUUGGCAUUGAAGAGCAACUUCAUCCUGGGGUGAAAAUCUAUUCAAGGUCUUAUUCUACAAAAACGGGUGAUGAAUUUCAAACCUAUGACAAUAUGCAUCCAAAACAUAUACAACGAUUAACAGUUGGAAGUGAUUGUUUCCUUGGGCCGCGCAUUAAUACUGACAAAGCUGGAAAUAAAUCAUGGGAAACAGCUGUUCUAAAUAUAGAAACUGGUGAUACCAUGGUAACUUUUAAGGAGUCACCUGUAAGUGUACUAAGCAUUGGAUGGGAAGGGCAUUAUGGUAUAGAUAGAGACAGAAACAUUUUUAACAUAAAAACUGGCGACAAGCAUUGUCAGUUUGAUACUCAUUUAGGCGAGCAGAAGAAAAGUGUUCCAAGACCACUCCUUACCACAGAUGAAAAUUUUGCAUUUUGGUUAGAUGUUGGAGCAGGUGUCGUGAAAGUUGGAAAUGUCCAAACUAAGCAAGUGAUAGGCAUGUCUCCAAUACACAGUAUUCCAAUGAACAUAACAGUAACUUCCGAGAAAGUUGUAAUAAUCGGAUGCGAAGAUGGCCGUAUUAUGAUGUUACAAAUGAUCGAAGACAAGAAAGAUGCAGAUGGUAUAUUGAAGCGAACUUUAAAACAUAGCAUGAGGAAAGGGAUCAAGGUCAAAAACAGUUCGCUGAAAGCUCUCCAGAGGAAUGACACAAAUAAAGAACCAGGAAAGACAAAAGCAAAUGAAAAGUCUAGCACAGCUUGCUAUAUUCUUUAACAGUGUGUCGGAGAGAUAGAUGGUGUUACCUCAGUGGGGGGAAAAUAAU